AUGGCAUCUUAUAAAGAAACAGUAUCAGCUGCCUUACAACAGCGCGAUAUCGGCCUUGGCAAGGUCGAACCAAAGCUACAGGGCAUCCCCAAUGAGCUGCCUCUUAGCUCCCAAAGCCUUCCUCAAGGUGUAUUGACUGCACGCGAGAUUGAGAUCACAGAAAAGUACUCGGUGAUCGAGCUGCUCGAAGUCCUCCGUAAGCGAGAGAUCAAGGUUGAGGAGGUUACCCGUGCAUUCUUGCGGAGAGCUGCUCUCGCACAGGUUGCUACCAACUGUUUAGUUGAGCUUAUGUGGGAUCAAGCUAUUGAGCGAGCCAAGUAUCUCGAUUCGCUACCGGAACCCAAGGGAAAGCUCUUCGGUCUUCCCAUUUCAACCAAGGAACAUCAUGGCAUGGUUGGCGAGAACGUCUCAACUCACGCCUCAUUCGUUGCGUGGAUAGGCAAAGCUCAUGGCUCCAACCUUUUAUAUGACCACUUGUAUGAUGAAGGCUGCGUCUUCUACGUGCGGACUACUCAACCUCAAACUAUCAUGCACCUUGAGACCAUUAGCAACAUUUACGGACGAACAGUCAACCCGUAUAACCGUGAUUUGACGGCUGGUGGCAGCAGUGGUGGUGAGGGAGCUUUGCUCGGUUUCCGUGGAAGCAUCUUGGGUAUUGGUGGUGAUAUUGGUGGCAGCGUCCGUUGCCCAGCUGCCCACAACGGAAUCUACGCUUUCAAACCAACUCUCAAGCGAAUCUCAGUCAUGGGCGCCCGAUCGAUCAUGGCCGGAAAAGAGACCGUUUCCUCAACACCUGGACCGAUGACAGUUGACCGCGAGUCCCUCGAACUGUUUAUGGAAAUUGCCUUGUCAAAGAAGCCUUGGCUCAUUGACCCUUCCCUUACAGCCAAGCCAUGGACUCCUUACAAAUUCGACAGACCUCUAAAGGUUGCGGUUCAGUGGUGGGACGGUGUUGUCCAGCCCCAUCCUCCCAUGACAAGAGCUCUGGAGGAGGUUGCAGAAGCCUGCCGCAAAGCUGGUAUGGAAGUCGUAGACUGGGACUGUGAGCCUUUGGAUCACAAGAAGGGAUGGGAGAUUCUAUCAGCAUUAUACUGGCCUGAUGGAGGCAAGGAGGCCCUUGAGCUCAUGGAAGCCGCUGGAGAGCCUGUCCUUCCUUUGACGAAGUUCAUCAUUCAAGAGCAGCCCAGCGUGAAGGAUUUGACGAUGCAUGAGCUUUGGGAGCUGUGCACCAAGCGCGAUGAUUAUAGGGCAGCAUAUGCUCGAGCGUGGUCAUACACAAGCAAGAACGACGGAAGAGAAGUUGAUGUGAUUCUGUGCCCGCCAUUCCCCGGUGCCGCAGCACCUCACGAUCAGUCACGAUACUGGGGCUACACUUCUCACUGGAACCUGCUUGACUAUCCCGCUGCAGUCUUCCCAGUAACAACAGUCGACCCUGAGAAGGACCCCAAGGAUGUAGACUACGUCCCCAAGAACGAUGACGACAAGUUCAACUAUGACCUGUACAGCCCUGAGAAAUACGCUGGUAUGCCUAUCAACCUACAAGUUGUUGGACGAAGGCAGUACGAUGAGAAGGUACUUGCUGCGCUCAAAGAGAUUGAGCACGCCAUGGGUAGAAAGUGA